UCUGGAUUUCCAUGGACCCCCUCCCCUCUCUGUGCCCUUCUCUGAGCCCUCCCUGCCCUGGCCCCACCCCUCACCAUUCCUGCCUCUCCCUGUCCUGUCCCUCACACCCUUGGUCCUUGCCCUCUUUGUCAGCUGUCCGUCUCUGCGUCAAGCUCACCAACACCUGGCUUUUCCUGGGCCCCAGGAGCUUGCCCUCCACCCCGUGUGCCCUGCAGGAUGCCGCAGCUGAGCCUGUCCUGGCUGGGACUCGGGCCCGUGGCAGCCUCCCUGUGGCUGUUCCUGCUGCUGGUUGGGGUCUCCUGGCUCCUGGCCCGCAUCCUGGUCUGGACCUACACCUUCUAUGACAUUGUUCGCUGCCUACGAUGCUUUCCACAGCCCCCCAAACGGAACUGGUUCUUGGGUCACCUGGGCCUGAUUCGGAGCUCGGAGGAAGGUCUCCUGUAACAGGGCCUGGCGAGGACCUAUGGGGACGUGUGCUGCUGGUGGAUGGGGCCCUGGCAUGUGGUCAUCCACAUCUUUCACCCUACCUGCAUCAAGCCGGUGCUCUUUGCUCCAGCUGCCAUUGCACCCAAGGACGUGGUCUUCUACAGAUUCCUGAAGCCCUGGCUGGGGGAUGGGCUCCUGCUGAGUGGCGGUGACAAGUGGAGCAGGCACCGCCGCAUGCUGACACCCGCCUUCCACUUCAACAUCCUGAAGUCCUACGUGAGGAUUUUCAAUGACAGUGUGAACAUCAUGCAUGCCAAGUGGAAACGCCUGGCCUCGGAGGGCAGUGCCCAUCUGGACAUGUUUGAGCACAUCAGCCUCAUGACCCUCGACAGUCUGCAGAAAUGUGUCUUCAGUUUUGACAGCAACUGCCAGGAGAAGCCUAGUGAAUACAUUUCUGCCGUCUUGGAGCUCAGCGCCCUUGUGACAAAGCGGAACCAGCAGAUCACCCUGCACAUGGACUCCCUGUACCACCUCAUCCCUGACGGAUGGCGCUUCCAUAGGGCCUGCCGCCUGGUGCACGACUUCACAGAUUCUGUCAUCCAGGAGCGGCGUCGCACCCUCCCCGAUCAGGGUCUUGAUGACCUCCUCAAGGCCAAGGCUAAGGUCAAGACUUUGGACUUCAUCGACGUGCUCCUGCUGGCCAAGGAUGAAGAUGGGAAGGAACUGUCAGAUGAGGACAUCCGAGCUGAAGCUGACACCUUUAUGUUUGCGGGACAUGACACCACAGCCAGCGGCCUCGCCUGGGUCCUGUACAACCUCGCGAGGCACCCGGAGCACCAGGAGCGGUGCCGGCAGGAGGUGCGAGAGCUCCUGAGGGACCGCGAGCCUAAAGAGAUUGAGUGGGACGACCUGGCCCAGUUGCCCUUCCUGACCAUGUGCAUCAAGGAGAGUCUGCGGUUGCAUCCUCCAGUCACUGUCAUCUCCCGACGUUGCACCCAGGACAUUGUGCUCCCAGAUGGCCGGAUCAUCCCCAAAGGUGUUAUCUGCCUCAUCAGUAUUUUCGGGACCCACCACAGCCCAUCCGUGUGGCCAGACCCUGAGGUCUAUGAUCCCUUUCGCUUUGACCCAGAAAACACCAAGGAGACGUCACCUCUGGCUUUUAUUCCCUUCUCAGCGGGGCCCAGGAACUGCAUCGGGCAGACGUUCGCCAUGACGGAGAUGAAGGUGGUCCUGGCGCUCACGCUGCUGCGCUUCCGCGUCCUGCCGGCCGGGGAGGAGCCACGCCGGAAGCCGGAGCUGAUCCUGCGUGCCGAGGGCGGACUGUGGCUGCGGGUGGAGCCGCUGAGCGCGGGCCCCCAGUGACCCGCGGCCUCCCGACCCGGGACCCACCCCGACCCCACACCUCACUGUGCAGAUUCCCAGGAAUAAAUCUGUGCUGUCACCUCUG